AUGAGCCAACCAGCCUAUGAACCGCUAUCACCAGCAGGUGCCCCUCCAAGCUAUUCCGAUGAAAUCUUGAAUCCAGAAGGUGCUGGUAACAAUGCCACUGCCAAUGGAGACAAUAUCCCAGACGAUUUCAAAUACGGAACUAAUGUUGCUGGAUGUGAGCUAUCAAUCAGACAGAUGUUUGUUAGAAAAGUAUACACUUUAUUAACUGCACAAUUAUUUGUUACUUUUGCUAUUGGGCUACUUAUCAAUGUGUGUGAGCCAGUUAAACAAUUUGCCUAUAAUAACAGCUGGUUGUUAAUUGUUUCUCUAGUUGGUUCCAUGGGAUUCAUGAUUGCUGCAUUUAUUAAAAGCAGAUCAUAUCCUUAUAACUUGUUAUUGUUGGCGGGUUUCACUAUUUGUGAAUCUUAUGCUGUCGGCGUAAUUACCACCAUUUACGAUACAAAUGUCGUUAUUAAUGCAGUACUCCUAACAUCAGUAAUCUUUUUAGGUUUGACAGUAUUUGCCUUACAAACCAAGUAUGACUUCACCAGUCUUCAAGGUUAUCUAUUCUAUGCAUUGUUGGCCAUGGUCACUUUCUCGUUCUUCGGUAUGUUUUUGAACUACUCCUCUACUACUGAAUAUAUUUACAGUAUCAUUGGUGCUUUGAUUUUUUCAGUUUAUAUCAUUGUUGAUACUCAAAUCAUUAUGAGAAAGCUUCAUCCUGAAGAAGAAGUCAGUGCUGCCAUUACUUUGUACUUGGAUAUUAUCAAUUUAUUCUUACAUAUUUUGCGGAUCAUGUCACAUGGUGAUGAUUAG